CAAGAUGGCGGAGAGCCUGCCAGAGCAUGAGCGGAUCCUGCAGGAGAUUGAGAGCACGGAGACGGCCUGCGUGGGACCCACCCUGAGGUCUGUGUAUGAUGACCAGCCAAAUGCACACCAGAAGUUUAUGGAAAAACUAGAUGCUUGUAUACGCAACCAUGACAGGGAAAUUGAAAAAAUGUGCAAUUUUCACCAUCAAGGCUUUGUGGAUGCUAUCACAGAACUUCUUAAAGUUAGAGCUGAUGCAGAGAAACUAAAGGUCCAAGUUACUGAUACCAACCGAAGGCUUCAAGACGCUGGGAAAGAGGUGAUAGCUCAAACAGAGGAAAUAAUCCAGUGUAGACUUCAGCAGAGGAAUAUUACUACGGUGGUUGAGAAACUUCAGUUGUGUCUUCCAGUACUGGAAAUGUACAGCAAGCUAAAAGAGCAGAUGAAUGUAAAAAGAUAUUAUUCUGCUUUAAAAACCAUGGAGCAGCUGGAAAACAUAUGCUUUCCUAGAGUUAGUCAGUAUCGGUUUUGCCAGAUAAUGAUUGAAAACCUUCCAAAACUUCGUGAGGAAAUUAAAGAAAUUUCCAUGUCUGAUCUUAAGGAUUUCCUAGAGAGUAUCCGGAAGCAUUCAGAUAAAAUUGGUGAAACAGCAAUGAAACAGGCACAGCAGCAGAAGACCUUCAAUGCUGCUUUACAGAAGCAGAACAAUCUAAGCUAUGGGAGAAAUGUGUAUAUAAAUAAUGAUGGUGUCCCAGAAACAAGGAAUGAAAUUGUUUUGAAGCAAAACCUUGAAGAAGAAGAGGAACACGAAGAUGAGGUUUUGACAGCUCAUGAUCUGGUAGAUUUUUCCCCUGUGUACAGAUGCUUGCACAUUUAUUCAGUUCUGGGUGAUGCAGAGACAUUUGAAAACUACUAUAGAAAACAGAGAAGAAAACAAGCAAGACUAGUAUUACAGCCACAGUCAAACAUGCACGAAACAGUAGAAGGUUACAGAAGAUACUUCAGUCAAAUUGUAGGUUUUUUUGUAGUGGAAGAUCACAUUUUACAUGUAACUCAAGGACUGAUAACGAGAGCUUACACCGAUGAACUCUGGAACAUGGCACUCUCAAAGAUUAUUGCUGUCCUUAGAACUCAUUCGUCCUAUUGCACUGAUCCUGAUCUUGUGUUGGAGUUGAAGAAUCUGAUUGUUGUGUUUGCUGAUACCUUGCAGGGUUAUGGUUUUCCUGUGAACAGACUAUUUGAUCUCUUGUUUGAAAUAAGAGACCAGUAUAAUGAAACUCUGCUUAAAAAAUGGGCUGUGUUGUUCAGGGAUAUUUUUGAAGCAGAUAAUUACAGCCCAAUACCUGUCUCAAAUGAAGAGGAGUACAAAAUAGUUAUUAGCAAAUUUCCCUUUCAAGAUCCAGAACUUGAUAAGCAGUGCUUUCCAAAGAAACUUCCAAUGUCUCAGUCAGUGCCUCAAAUUUAUAUCCAGGUUAAAGAAUUCAUUUAUGCAAGCCUUAAGUUUUCAGAAUCACUUCACCGCAGUUCAACAGAAAUAGAUGAUAUGCUUAGAAAGUCUACAAACUUGCUGCUGACUAGAACUUUAAGCAGUUGUUUACAAAACCUCAUCAAAAAGCCUCACAUAGGUUUGACAGAGCUGGUACAAAUUAUCAUAAACACAACACAUUUGGAGCAAGCAUGUAAAUACCUUGAGGACUUUAUAACAAAUAUUACAAAUAUUUCCCAGGAAACUGUUCACACAGCAAGGCUUUAUGGUCUUUCAACGUUUAAGGAUGCAAGACAUGCUGCCGAAGGGGAGAUUUAUACCAAGCUCAACCAAAAGAUUGAUGAGUUUAUUCAGCUUGCUGAUUAUGACUGGACAAUGACUGAACCAGAUGGGAGAGCCAGCGGCUAUUUAAUGGACCUGAUUAACUUCUUAAGAAGCACCUUUCAGGUUUUUACUCACUUGCCUAAUAACAACAAUGACCAUGCAGCUAUGUCGGGGAAAGUGGCACAGACUGCUUGUAUGUCCGCUUGCCAGCAUCUGUCAACCUCCCUGAUGCAGAUGCUGUUGGAUAAUGACUUAAAACAAAUAAGCAUGGGAGCGAUUCAGCAGUUUAACUUAGAUGUCAUACAGUGUGAAUUGUUCGCAAGUUCUGAGCCAGUACCUGGAUUCCAAGGAGAAACCUUACAGUUAGCAUUCAUUGACAUCAGACAAAAAACUCAGAAAAGCAGCCUAAAUCAUGGACAUUUUGAAGAGAUUAAAGUUUACAGUUAA